UCUACCGACGCAGCCCAGACCCAGACCCCCCAGUCCGACUCCUCUCUUCUCCUCUCCUCUGUCAAAAUUGAAAGAACAAACAAAAGAUGAAAAGAACCCUAGCGGCCGAACCCAACAGCCCCGUAGAACGCAGCCGCCGCAAGCCCCGCACCCACCGCAGGCCCCGCAGAACCCACAGCCACCGCAUCUCCUCUUCUCUAUUCGAGUCCUAUCUCUGUUCGCCGGUGUCGCGCCGUCUCCUCUGUCGUCGCCGUCACUCCCCUUCCUCUUCGCCGCCGGUUAAACACACUCUUUCUCUCUGUCGUUGUAGUUGGUUGGCUCAAUACCAAGCUUCCUUAGAAAGAUAUUAUCAAUCAAAAGUUUGAAACCAAGACUUCCUUUUUUCUCCUGGUUCAUUUACUGGCAAGUACUCCUGCUGCUAAUAAGCUUUCAAUCAAUGUUCUUUGUCUUUAACAAACCUGCAGUCAAAACAAUCAAAAAGUUGUUCGGGCACUUUGGAGAAUCAAUUAUCUCCUUUGAUGGCAAGGUUUCUGUUAAUAGUUUUUUACAUAUCCAGAGGUAUAGUUAUGUCAAUGUGUACAUGAAAUGGAAGAAAGAUUCAUACUAUGACUCGAUUGAGGACAUUCACCAGUCCAUUCUGCUCAAGCCAAUAAUUGCCCUCAAAAACUGCAUUGCUCGGGAUCCCAAUGAGUGCAUCCCUAUCUCCGAUGUGUCGAAGAGGGGAUUACAAUUGGAUGUGCCCAUGAAGGUUGCCAGAUUUAUGAGACAGUAUCCAUCCAUCUUCGAGGAGUUUACAGGUCCUCAAUACAAUCUUCCUUGGUUCAGGUUGACACCAGAAGCAGCCGAGAUUGACAAGGAUGAGAAGAGAGUAUACAAAGAUUGCAGGGAGGAUUUACAAUCCAGGUUGAAGAAGAUGAUAUUGAUGACCAGAGAGAAUGUUCUUCCUUUAAAGAUAAUUCAAGGGAUGCAGUGGUAUUUGGGGUUGCCUGAUGACUUUUUGCAGUAUCCAGAACGAAAUCUUGACGACUCUUUCAAGUUUGUGGAGAUGGAAGGUGGAUUGAAGGCAUUGGCUGUUGAAAGAAGAGAAAAGAUUUUCUCUGUAAUGGAAGAGAAUGCGAUGAGAAAAGGUUUGAUCUUUGGGGGAACAAUGGAGGCCAUUGAAUUUCCCUUAUUCCCAUCAAAAGGUUUGAGGUUGAGGACAAAGAUUCAGAAUUGGAUAGAUGAGUUUCAAAAGCUUCCUUAUAUUUCACCUUAUGAUGAUUUCUCAAACUUGGAUCCAAACAGUGACAUAGCUGAGAAACGACUUAUUGGGGUUCUUCAUGAAUUGCUUUCACUUUUUGUUGAACAUUCUGCAGAGAGGAAGAAGCUCUUUUGCCUCAAAAAGUAUUUUGGGUUGCCACAGAAAAUGCACAGAGCAUUUGAGCGGCAUCCUCAUAUGUUUUAUCUAUCUUUUAGGAACAACACUUGUUCAGUUAUUCUUAAGGAAGCCUAUAGUUUCGAUAGAUCAGCUUUUCAGAAGCAUCCUUUGUUGGGUGUUAGGAAGAAGUAUAUCAAGUUGAUGAAGAAAUCACAAGUGAUUUUAAAGAACAGGAGGGUGAAUAAUCGAUUUUCUAAGAGUAGUUCAAAACAGGAUUUAGAUUCAGAUAAUGUUGAUAAAGAGGAGCAUGAGAUUGCAGCUUGCUCUGCGGAACAGGUUGUAUGAAAAUUUAAAAAUUUAUUAUGGGAAAAAGAAAAACAGAUGAAACGCCACACUGUUUUUUACUGAAUGAGAAUGAAAUGGCCUAUUAGCUAUUUCAAUAUGGGUUGAUGGCAGAUUUAGUUGUAUUAUUAUUGUGCUUAAGAUAUUUUCAGUUCCGUAUCUAUUUAUUAGUAAAAAUAUUAUCA